AUGAUACGGGAUGAACAAGUUACAUGGGACGAAGAGAAGAAUUGUCUUAACAAACUUAUUAAUUCUCUACAUGGAACGGUUCAUGAAUUACGCAGGGUGUUAGAAAAGCCACAAUCUACAUCAACUCAUCAGUGUUCCUGUUCAUUAAAUUCUUAUGAUGACGAUCUCAUAGCUUUGGAAAUAGGAUACGAUUAUCCUCAAUCUCAUUAA